AUGUGGAACGCGACGAUGAUCGAGGAGCCGGGGCCCAACCUCACUCUGCCGGACCUGGGCUGGGACGCUCCCCCCGACAACGACUCGCGGACAGACGAGCUGCUGCCCCUCUUUCCUGCGCCGCUGUUGGCCGGCGUCACCGCCACCUGCGUGGCGCUCUUCGUGGUGGGCAUCGCGGGCAACCUGCUCACCAUGCUGGUGGUGUCGCGCUUCCGCGAGCUGCGCACCACCACCAACCUCUACCUGUCCAGCAUGGCCUUCUCCGACUUACUCAUCUUCCUUUGCAUGCCCCUGGACCUCGUCCGCCUCUGGCAGUACCGGCCCUGGAACUUCGGCGACCUGCUCUGCAAACUCUUCCAGUUCGUCAGCGAGAGCUGCACCUACGCCACGGUGCUCACCAUCACCGCGCUUAGCGUCGAGCGCUACUUCGCGAUCUGCUUUCCGCUGCGGGCCAAGGUGGUGGUCACCAAAGGCCGGGUGAAGCUGGUCAUCCUGGUCAUCUGGGCCGUGGCUUUCUGCAGCGCCGGGCCCAUCUUCGUGCUGGUCGGCGUGGAGCACGAGAACGGCACGGACCCUCGGGACACCAACGAGUGCCGCGCCACCGAGUUCGCCGUGAGCUCCGGACUGCUCACCGUCAUGGUGUGGGUGUCCAGCGUCUUCUUCUUCCUGCCCGUCUUCUGCCUCACUGUGCUCUACAGCCUCAUCGGCAGGAAGCUGUGGCGCAGGCGGCGCGGCGAGGCCGCGGUGGCCGCCUCGCUCAGGGACCAGAACCACCACAAGCAGACCGUGAAAAUGCUGGCUGUCGUGGUGUUUGCUUUCAUCCUCUGCUGGCUGCCCUUCCAUGUAGGGAGAUACUUAUUUUCCAAGUCUUUCGAGAUUGGCUCCAUGGAGAUUGCUCAGAUCAGCCAAUACUGCAACCUCGUGUCCUUUGUCCUCUUCUACCUCAGCGCUGCCAUCAACCCCAUUCUGUACAACAUCAUGUCCAAGAAGUACCGAGUGGCGGUGUUCAAACUUCUUGGAUUUGAACCUUUCUCCCAGAGAAAGCUCUCCACCCUGAAGGAUGAAAGCUCUCGGGCCUGGACAGAAUCUAGUAUUAACACAAGACCAAGCACAUCACUGAGCAAAGUCAUUGCUUAUUAUUCUACACUGGAAGCCAUAGCACAGCAGAACUUGGGAGGAAGUUGAAAAUUAACUUUGGGGUUUGGGACAGAUAGGUCUGGAAACAGGUGGGGGG